AUGAAAAAUACAACAAAGAACCCUAUUGUUUUUCUCGAUGUAGCUGUUUCUGAUGAAAAAUUAGGAAGACUAGUUAUAGAACUAUUUAAAGAUAAAGUUCCUUUGACAGCAGAAAAUUUUCGAGCAUUAUGUACUGGAGAAAAGGGACUAGGUAAAAAUAAUAAGCCUCUACAUUAUAAAGGAUCUUUAUUUCACAAAGUAGUACGACAAUUAAUGGUACAAGGUGGUGAUAUUAUUAAUUUUGAUGGAUCAAGUGGAGAAAGUAUUUAUGGACUACAUUUUAAAGAUGAAAAUCUGACUAUGCUUCAUGAUCAACAGGGUCUUCUUAGUAUGGUAAACGAAGGCAAACCUAAUAGUAAUAGUUCACAAUUUGUAAUAACAAUUGGUCCAUGUCCUCAGCUGAAUAAUACAAAUGUUGUUUUUGGAAAAGUUUUAAAAGGUAUCGGAGUAAUAAAGGAUUUGAAUGGAGUUCCUAUAAACGAUGAUGUACCAGAGGAAGAAAUAAAAAUUACUGAUUGUGGUGAACUGAUUAAUUGUGAUAAUUGGGGUUUGGAGGAUAAUGAUGGUGAAGACAUAUAUACUCCAUACCCUGAAGAUUGGAAUCUCCCAACAAAAAAUGAACUUUCUUACAAAAAUAUUUUGGACAUAGUGCAAAAAAUUAAAAAUGUUGGUAAUGCUUGUUUUAUUAAAAAAAAAUAUACAAUUGCUGCUUACAAAUAUAAAAAGGCCUUGAGAUACUAUAAAUGGAUGAUGACAUUUGAAGAUACCCCAAAGACUGAUAAAAGCAUCGUAGAAUUAAAUAACAUCUUAUUACUUAAUCUAGCCGCAGUAAGGCUUCGUCAAGCUAGAUACAAAGAUGCUAUAAAUCUAUGUAAUGAAGUUUUAUUUGUUGAUGUAAAUAGUAGUAAAGCAUUAUUUCGAAGAGGUCAAGCUUAUUCAGGUUUGAAUGAAUACAAAUUAGCAUUGACUGAUUUGAGAAAAGCUAUUAAAGAUAAUCCAACUAAUAAAGAAAUUUCCAAAGAAAUUCAAAGGAUAAAAAAUGUUAUGAAGUCUUAUUUGGCAAUAGAAAAAGCAACAUUUCAGCGUAUGUUUAAAAUUAAUUAAAGUGGUCAAUAAUUCUGAUCUCAAACAAAAACAAAGAAUUUUUAAUUUAAUGUUGGAUAAUGACUGCAAAAAUAUAUCUUUUAAACUUCGUUAUUUUCAUUUAUUAAUUUCGAAUUACGACAUAAUAUUGUUUGUAUCAUACAUAUAUGUAUACUUUCAAUUUUAUAUAUUGUGAAUA